GGAGUCCAGGAUGCGUGACUUAGCGUCCCAGCUUCUCUGACCUCAGCACCUCCCCACUCCCUCAAGCUGGUCCUCUGACCUCACAAACACCUCUCUACAAGGGGGUGGGGCUAAGCCUCCCCCACCCCACCCCCCAGCUGCAGGCAUUUAGUUAGGCCAACCACUUCCGACCCUUCUACCAUUCCUACCACCUGCGGCAGCCAUGAAGGGGACCCCCAGCUCCCUGGACACCCUGCUGUGGGUCUACCGCUAUCACAGCUCCACCGAGGUGGCUCUCCAGCCCCCGAUUCUAUCUUCCCUGGAACUUGCGGUGGCUGCCGCACAUGAAUAUCUGGAGCAGAGGUUCGAAGAACUGAAGUCCCUGGAGCUGCAGGAGCCCAAGGAGCCCACCCUAGGGCUGGUGCUGAGAGAAGCCGCAGCCAGCCUCAUGAGCUUCACUGCCACUUUGUUAGAGAUAUCAGCCCUUUGGCUACAGCAGGAAGCAGGAGGACUGGAUCGUGGUGACAACGGCACAGACCCAGCUGCACAUGCUGGAGAUCCUGGUGGAGCGCUGGCCCGGGUAGCUCAGGCGGCCCAGCAUGGGGCUGUGCGAGCUGGGGCAGCAGCAAGCUGGAGCUCUCGGCUCUUGGUGCAGGGGCUGAGGCUGUGCCUGUGUGGACGGGGCCUGCAGGGGUCCACUUCAUUCCUGCAACAGUGGCGAUGCCAGCUAGGCCAUGGAAUCCCCAGAGAACCAAGACACUCAGGAGACCUUACGGUGGCAUCCAGCAGCAGUGAGGACACAGGACCAGAGCACCCAUUGCAACCCUAGCUCCAUCCCAUGUCUAAAUAAAGUCCAUGAGGGGUGGAAACAGCCAGUUUCUGCUAGAAUCACAAGGUUUUGGCUGCAUCCUUCCCAGGCCACUCCAUAUUCCCACCCUCGCAAGAGUGACCCCAA